CCAAAAUUAAAAUGACCAUUGCAGUUUAUCCCUAAAUCUUAUAGUCGAAAACCCUAGUGCAUCUCCCUAAUCGAUUAUUCAGCAACAACCCCAAAAUCCUUAAUCCGUUUCUAAUUGUGUGUAACUGGAGCUCGGAUGAAUCAGUUUUAUCCACGUUUCUGAAUUGCGAAGAAUUCGGAGAAGCUCCAACGUUCUUCAAUGGCGGGAGGUCAGUCGGAGAGAGAAGACAAAGUUUCAUUAGAACUGACGGAGGAAAUCCUUCAGAGUAUGGAAGUUGGAAUGGCGUUCCGCGACUAUAAUGGAAGAAUCAGUUCGAUGGAUUUCCAUAAGACAUCAGGUUAUUUGGUAACUGCUAGUGAUGAUGAAUCCAUUCGUCUCUAUGAUGUUGCUAGUGCAACAUGUUUGAAGACAAUAAACAGUAAAAAAUAUGGAGUUGAUCUGGUUAGCUUUACCUCUCAUCCUACAACUGUUAUUUACUCGUCAAAGAAUGGCUGGGAUGAAUCACUACGACUUCUUUCGUUGCAUGAUAACAAGUACUUGAGGUACUUCAAGGGUCAUCAUGACAGGGUUGUUUCUCUGAGUCUCUGCUCCAGAAAUGAUUGUUUUGUUUCUGGAUCACUGGAUAGAACUGUAUUGCUUUGGGACCAAAGGGCUGAGAAAUGUCAGGGUCUUCUACGUGUUCAAGGGAGACCAGCUGCAGCUUAUGACGAUCAAGGACUUGUUUUUUCUGUUGCCUUUGGAGGAUACAUAAGAAUGUUUGAUACUAGGAAAUAUGAAAAGGGCCCUUUUGACAUAUUUUCUCUUGGGGGAGAUGUUUCAGAAGCCAAUGUUGUGAAGUUCAGUAAUGACGGAGGACUUAUGCUUCUGACAACGUCAAAUGGACAUAUUCAUGUCCUUGAUUCAUUCCGUGGAACCCUUUUGGCGACACACAACGUCAAGCCAGUUUCAAGCAAUUCUACUUUGGAGGCUUCUUUCAGUCCUGAGGGAACGUUUGUCAUAUCAGGUUCUGGAGAUGGUAGUGUUUACGUUUGGAGUGUUCGAAGUGGAAAAGAGGUUGCUAGUUGGAUGAGUACUGAAGCAGAACCACCUGUAAUCAAAUGGGCUCCAGGAAACUUAAUGUUUGUAACUGGCUCUUCUGAAUUAUCCUUUUGGAUACCCGACUUAUCUAAACUCGCAGCUUACGUUGGAAGGAAGUAGGACUUUCCAAUGAUCCCUUCUCUGUGCUCUGCCUGCAUGUCUGUGGUGUGCUGUGCUGUUACUAGGUAAUCCAACAGAAUGACAAGCGGUUUCUUAUUCACUACUGAACUUCUGCUUAUCUGCUGGAACAAAUCAGCAUGAAGAGAUGGAGAUUAUGAACUAUUGCUGCAUCUCCUCCACACAAGGAAUCAAAGCGGUUGUAUAUGCUUUCAAUAUUCUUCCAUCUCAUGGCUGACACUUAAAGUCUGGAGCAUGAGGGAGGCUGAAGAUUGUCUGAGCAGUAAGUUAUCUUGAAGCGUCUAGAUAGUUAUGCCAUGUAACUCUCUUACAUCAACAUGGUCUUUCUCUGGUAGAUUUUUCCUUUUAUAGCUCGAUGAGGUACACAAUAUAUGUUAGAAGUAGAACCUUGGAUGCUAUAGCUCUUUUGACUUGCGAAGACUUGUUUGGGUUCUAAUGUAUAUCUUGCUUGCUACUUCUAAUUAUGUAUAUCAGUAUAUGCAUAAAAUGUGUGGUUGGGCUCGGUA